ACCGCUUUAUUCUGAUUGGUUGCUACGUCGUUUGCCGAAAUUACAAACCGUAGUUGAGUUUAUUCCCAGUGUUUUUUGGUAAUUAAAAGUCAUUAAAAUUUGCAUAGCGAAAACAAAUUUUUCUUUUAUUUCAAGUGGAUAUCCCUUUGCUCUUAUCCGUAAACAAUUAUGACAUUUUCACUUCUGUUAAAGCAGCUAAAAAACCGGUUUGUGGUUCUAAAUUUAAAUUUUACGAAUUUAAGAUACUAAAUUCACAGGUGAGGCUGUAAAUUUCACCAAGAAAUGACAUCAUCUAUGACCUCAAUAUGCCAUUUAGCCAUAUAUACCCAAUCUCCCAAUUUUGGGGAAGCCGUUAUAAAAUUUUUUGGGGAAAUGGCACAAAAACCCAUAUAUGAAUAAAUUCCGCGUCAAGGUCUGAGAACUACCAUCUUCGAUCUCAUCAGACCGUCCAUGAAUCACAGUCUUAGCCUUCAUUCUUAAGAAUGAAUAAUUAUUUCGCAGUCUAGAUUUCGACAAAAUCAUAUUAGUGCCUAUUUAAAUUUUGACUAAACUAUCGAGAUUGUAAUGUUACCAUUUUAGCUUCGCCUGUUCACAUUUCAAUCGGUUAGCUCUUAAACUUAAAGAGUAGGAUGAGAAUUUUGAUUGUUUCAACUACUAAUGCAUUCAAUUCACUUUUAUUGCCAUUACAUUUACAAGUAUACACUAAUAAAAAGGAUUAUGUCGAAGUCGCUAAAAAUGUUCACUUCACAUAUGUUACAUAAUAUUAAACUUUAGUAAAUGACAAAGCGAUGUUCUCUUCAGUGGGUUAAUGCAACAAAUGGCACGAUUGGUCCUGCGCUACAAAGUCAUGCUGGUGCCAUUAUAAGGGGAGAUCUCUAUCUGCACGGCGGAAUAACUUCUAAUGAUGUAUCAUGUAAAACGCCGAGCAACUGUUUUUACAAGAUACAGCUUUAUCCUACAAUAGGCCAGUGGAUGGAAAUUACAUCUUCAGACUCACCAUUUCUUAGUCAACAUACAUGUCUAGUUUUCAAGGAUAGAUAUCUUGUUUUUAUUGGUAAGUUUGUAUCAAUCACAUUUAAUGACCGUUAAUAUGAAAGUAUGUUACGUAGUAACAUUGUAGUUGUGUAAUUCUCAUCUCUGAAGUCCCUAGGGGUAUCUAUAGUGGAUUGUCGGGUCAGGAAUAGUAGUUACUUACAUUUCCUAACCUAUCUUCUCUCAACUAGAGACUAACUGAAACUGUAGGUAGGGUUAUCAUCCGGCCAAUCGUUUUUGUUAUUCUCUUGUCGAGUGAUCGUAGUUGCUCACUCAGGAGACGAAUUCCCUAAUUUUGUCAUUCUAUAUUUAUAACACUUGGAUUAAACUCGGUAGCAUGUCAGAACACGAUAUAAUUAUUGGCGGUGUCACGUUCUCAGAACUCUAGGGCUCAGUUACUGAGCUUCAAUUAGCAUUCUGAAUGAGAUCAAAGCUUGCCGAAAAUGGUAGUGGGCCUCAUAGAACUAUCCCACGAGUGUAAAAUCAAUCGAUUCUAAUCACUGCUUGUUAUCAGUUGUAUCUUAUUAACCCUGUUAUUUGUCUUUUAGAGUAGGUCUCAUCAUGUAACUGGUCAACCUUAUCCCUCAAACUUGCUGGGUUGGAUUUAUCUCGACAUACCCAGAGGUUAUCUUGUUCUUAUUGCUAGUAGAGUUCUAUUGAUCAAGUUUCAGUUUUUCUGCUAGUUGAGGUAAUUUAACGUCUAAAGUAUGUUUUGAGGCUUCAUAGUCAAAGAAACCAUGCACCUAUAUUUUGUUGUUAGGCCACACUUGUCAGCAAGAUGAACUCAUGGUUUUAAGGGGGCCGACACUUUCUGUGCUAUUCGAAUUUAUGUCAACUAGUGUUACAGUCAAUGUCGCGGGUUCGAACCCCCAGGAGGAGACAGUUCUCUCAAAAUCAAGGAUCUGUUUUGCAGAUAAGUGUCAACUAACAUAAAAUCUAGGCCCGAUGCUUUCCACCAGUUUCCUUCAGUCAUUUAACAUCAAAACUUAAAUGUAUUGUACAACAUACUUAGAUCUGGAUACAUAUACAAAACAUCUGUCCUAUCUAAUUGUUGCCAUUUUUAUUCAACCUUCAUGGUGAUGCAUAUUUUAAUAAAGGGGGAUGGAAUGGACAUAUCAGGAUCCCAGGUAUACAUACAUAUGAUACUCAAUCGAAUACUUGGCUACCUCCUGCUUUGAAUGAACCACUGCUUACAGGGUUUCCCCAGGGAGCUGGGUUGUCAGCUCAUUCUGCUCAAAUAAUUCGUUCACUAGAUGAUGAGAAUACGUUUUCAGCUAUUAUUAUCGGCCGAGAAGGUUCUCUACGAAGCCAAAGAAAGGCAGGGAAUAUUUACUUACUAUAUGGUAAUUUGAUUGAUAUGGAUUCAUCUCAACAACGAAUGAAAUAUGUUUACUGCGAAGCCGAUUCCAGUUUAACAGUAUCGUCAAGAAGCUAUCAUACAUCGACACCGAUCACACCAUGUACAUUAGUUACCAUUGGUGGUUGUAAAAGUAAUUCGGUCGACUUAUUAAAAUGGAAAAUAAUCCAUAAUAAAAAGAAAGAACCAUGCAAUUGGCCUGGUCGCCUUGACUUUCCAUUGACAUCAUGUACAGUUGUAACAAGUUUUAUUAAAAAUAUUGAACAAAAACAAAAGUCGGAUCUAACUCAAAUUUCACCAUCCUAUCAAAAUGGUUGGCGUGGUCAUUGUAUAAUACCAGGUGUUGGUGGUUUAUUUAUUGGAACAGGAGAAGGUUUCAAUGCAUUAAGACAUGGUCCGCUUAAUUCAGCAUAUCUUUUAAAGUAUAUUGAAAACGAUAGUAGUAUUAAACCGACAAUUUACGAAAUUGGUACAAUUGAUGAACCAAGAGCAUAUGCAGUCUCUGCAGUAUGUAGUAAUGAUGGUACAGCUUGGUUACAUGGUGGUCUUGGACCUCAAGGUAAAACAAUGAAUACACUAAUGAAAUUGAUAAGAGUUGAUUGACAAACACUUAAAGUAUAAUUAUUUUAUAGGAAAUAGUUUUUACCGACAUAUUCCCCUAUCCUAAUUCCCUAUAGAUUUUUAAAAACAAAACUCUUCACGAUCUGAGUUCAUUACCGUUGAACUAUUUUCAGUGAACAUUUAGUGUAAUAAUAACCAUCUGUUCAUGCUGUUAUGUAACAUUCCCACAUAUUUAUUUGUUUGUUUUUACUUUACACUACUUAUAAGUAGCUUAAAUCAUUUUGUAAAAUAAGUAUCAAGUUUGUUAUUAUUACUAAGUGGCUUUCAUACUCAAUAUAUAUAUUUUUAAACUCUCA